AUGGCGAUCCUCUCGUGGCGGGCCGUCACGGUCAUCUCCCUCGUUACGUCCUACCUGGACUCCUUUUUCCAGCCGUCGUGGUCCAAGUCGCGGCUCUUCGGCGUCUUCGUCGGCGCCUGGGCCUUCCAGUUCCUCCUUUAUGCCGCCUGGAAGGUCAUUCUAUGGCCCAAGGUCUUCUCCCCUCUGCGCCACCUGCCCCAACCCAAGGGCAACACCUUUUGGCUGGGCCACUUCGGCAAGAUCAAGGCGGAGCCGACCGGCAUACCUAUGAGAGAAUGGGCCGCCACCAUCCCGAACGACGGCGUCAUCCGCUACCUCGGCUUCCUCAACCAGGAGCGGCUGCUGCUGACGAGCCCCAAGGCGCUCGCCGAUGUGCUCGUGACGCGCAACUACGACUUCCAGAAGCCGGAGCACAUCCGGUUCGGGCUGGCGCGGCUGGUCGGCGACGGCAUCCUGGUCUCCGAGGGCGACGAGCACAAGUUCCAGCGCCGCAACCUGCUGCCCGCCUUCGCCUACCGCCACAUCAAGGACCUGUACCCCAGCUUCUGGCAGAAGGCCGACGAGGUCGUCGAGGCCAUGACGCGCACCAUCGCCGCCGACCCCCUCUCCCUGGCGGACCUCCCUGAGGGCGUCGCCGCCGCCGCCGCCGCGAGCGGUGGCGGCCCCACGGCCGUCAUCGAGGUCGGCGGCUGGGCCUCCCGCGUCACCCUCGACAUCAUCGGGCUCUGCGGCCUCGGCCGCGACUUCGGCGCCGUGCAGAACCCGGACACGGAGCUGAGCCGGGCGUACCGCGGCGUGUUCUCGCCGACGCCGCAGGCGCAGCAGCUGGCCGCGCUCUCCCUGGUGAUACCCGAGUGGGUCGUCAGCCGCAUCCCCGUGCAGCGCAACAACGACAUCCUGGCGGCGAACGCGACGAUCCGCGGCGUCUGCCGCGACCUCAUCCGCGAGAAGCGCGAGCGGCAGGCCCGCUCGGCGGCGGAGAAGAAGAGGCGCGAGGCCGAGGGCGGCGCGGCGCCGGCCGAGGACGCCGGCCGCGACCGCCGCGACCGCGACAUCCUGUCGGUGGCGAUCGAGUCGGGCGCCUUCUCCGACGACAACCUCGUCGACCAGCUGAUGACGUUCCUGGCGGCGGGCCACGAGACGACGGCGACGGCCAUGACGUGGGCCGUGUACCUGCUGGCGCGGCACCCGGAGGUGCUGGCGCGGCUGCGGGCCGAGGUGCGGGCGGCGCUGCCGGCGCCGGGGUCGGGCCGCGGCGUGACGAGCGUCGAGGUCGACCGGCUGCCGUACCUGACGGCGGUGUGCAGCGAGGUGCUGCGGUUCUACGCGCCGGUGCCGCUGACGCUGCGCGAGGCCGCCGUCGACACCGAGAUCGCCGGCCACCGCGUCCCGCGCGGCACCGCCAUUAUCGUGUCGCCCUGGGCCACGAACCUCGACACCACCCUCUGGGGGCCCGACGCCCACCUCUUCAACCCGGACCGCUGGCUCUCCCCUACCGCCGCCGCCGCCGCCGCUGCCGCCGAGCCCGCCGCCACCGCCAACGCGAGCGGCGGCGCCUCUAGCAACUACGCCUUCCUCACCUUCCUCCACGGCCCCCGCAGCUGCAUCGGCCUCGCCUUCGCCCGCGCCGAGUUCGCCUGCCUGCUCGCCGCCUGGGCCGGCCGCUUCGAGUUCCGCCUCCGCUACCCCGAGGAGGAGGACGAGCGCAAGAUCGACAUCAAGGGCGGCGUCACGGCGCGGCCGCAGCGCGGCAUGCACGUCUACGCGACGGUCGUCGAGGGGUGGUGA